CACAUGAAUGACGGCUGAUCUGAUAGUCCUUCAAAUCUGUUUUCCAUCCCAAAAAUAACACGAUGAUGCAUUCUCACUCUCUACAUGUUGAAUUCUGUCAGGCUGCGAUAGUGUGUCACAGAUGGCGAGGGAUCAGGAUAUUCGGAUCACAGUGACACACAAACACAGAGUAACAUCUGAGACUGAGAUGGCUUUAUUUGUUACUUGAUGUAUUGUGAGAAGCUUUGAAAGGAAUCAUAUUAGUGGCCAAACCUCUGAGUCAUGGCAUAAUCAGAGCUUAAUUUGUAUUCACACAGUUCACGGUGGUACUUCAGAAAUCCACUCAAAACACCACGUCAUGUGCUCGGCUGCACUUACGCUGUUCAGAAACAUCUUCACAGUGUUUUGCCAUGAGAUCUUUUUGGAGAUCUUUAUAGUCACCCACACAGACAGCACUGCAACUACGAUAUGGCAUGUUUAUGAAGUAAACUCCUCCCUCUGUGGCUGUUUAUGACGUAAUGUGUGCGCAGAAGGCUGCCUAUGAAACACACUACGUACAUCCUCUCCUCCUCUCCCACACUCAUUCAUAAUCUAGCUGCCUCACAGUCACUAUGAGCGCAGGAGGAAUCGCAGUUUGCUCUGGCAGCCUGCUGCACUCUUUAGCAGCUAACGGUACAGCAGGAAGUCAGCUGUCGACCCCACGGUCAGGCAAAUCUCCCAGUCCAUCUCCCACCAGUCCAGCCAGUCUGAGGAGACGAAGGGGCUCUCAGCACAGUGGCUCCUCUCUCUCUCUGGCCUCCACCAAGGUGUGCAGCUCCAUGGAUGAGGGCGAUGGGCUGGGAAGUGAAGCUGAGCUGAUGGAGGAUUGUCCUCAGGUUCCUGCUUCCAUAGCCGAGCGGUACAAAGUGGGACGAAUGAUUGGCGAUGGGAACUUUGCCGUGGUCCGAGAGUGUAUGGAGAGAUCCACAGGCCGAGAGUACGCUCUGAAGAUCAUCAACAAGAGCAAAUGCAGGGGGAAGGAACACAUGAUCCAGAACGAGGUGUCUAUUCUUCGGAGGGUUAAGCAUCCUAACAUUGUUCUGCUGAUUGAAGAAAUGGACACAUACACUGAGCUCUACCUGGUCAUGGAGCUGGUCAAGGGUGGAGACCUCUUUGAUGCCAUCACCUCCUCCAACAAAUACACGGAGCGGGACGCCAGCGGGAUGCUGUAUAACCUGGCCAGCGCUAUCAAAUAUCUGCACAGCCUUAACAUCGUUCACCGUGACAUCAAACCUGAGAAUCUCCUGGUGUAUGAGCACCAGGAUGGGAGCAAAUCUCUGAAACUGGGGGAUUUUGGCUUGGCAACAGUUGCAGACGGUCCACUUUACACUAUAUGUGGCACCCCAACCUAUGUAGCUCCAGAGAUUGUCGCAGAGACCGGGUAUGGCUUGAAGGUUGAUAUCUGGGCGGCGGGGGUCAUAACAUACAUUCUGCUUUGUGGCUUCCCUCCUUUCCGUGGGAGCACAGAUGAUCAGGAGGCUCUUUUUGACCAGAUUCUGAUGGGACAGCUGGAUUUCCCUCUUCCAUACUGGGACAAUGUAUCUGACUCUGCAAAGGCACUUAUCACCUGCAUGCUACAGGUGGAGGUUGACCAGAGAUACACAGCUCUACAGGUGUUAGACCAUCCCUGGGUUAAUGAUGACAGAAUGUGUGAGAAUCAGCACCAGUUGUCUGUGGCCGGCAAGAUUAAGAAACAUUUCAACACGGCCCCUAAACCCAACAGCACCACUGCAGGAGUCACUGUCAUAGCAAGCACCCCUCUUGAUAAGGAGAGGCAGGUUUUCAGACGAAGACGCCACCAGGAUGUGAAAGCCACCGCUGCCCGCAGCACCCAGAGCACCUUCCCCUGCAGCCCCGCCACCGGCCCGAGCUUCUCUCCGGCGGACUUCACCUCAGAGUCGGAGGACAUUUCCCCCAGCUCGGCCGAGACGGUCCGCUCACCGACAUCGCCGUUUUAAGCCCACACCCAGUCUUGGCAGAAAUGAAUGGAAAAUGACCUUUAAGUAAAAGGUAAACUUACUUGUGAAUAGAAAGGAUGACAGUUUUUGAAAUCGAAUGUUUUGCUACACGGAACCGAUGUGAUUAGCUAGGAGCGGACGGGCUGGUUUUCUCUGUUUAAAUUCUGUGAGGGUAGCAGCACACCUGAACAGGUGUAAAAUAAUUUCAUGCUUUUAGCAGUUUUUCAUUGUCAUUGUUUGAGAGUUUUCUCUUCAUCGUGACUACAUGUUUGGUGCUAUAUGAGGUUUUGUUUGUAGACCAUGGCUGCAUCUGAAAUCGCAUAUUUCACUACUAUUAUAGUUGGCGGAAAAAAAGUACGUGACAAGUAUGUCUGAAUUCACAGUACUCAUAAAUGUAGGCAAAAAGUACCCGUAUGACCUACUUCCAGUGAGAUUCUGAAAUUUACUAUCCCAUGAGGCAACGGGAGAGGAUUUGUGAAUGGCAGUGAAGAGACACAACUGACGCUGGUAGGUCAUGUGAUAGUAACAUGGCGUUAUUUAACAUUCAUACUACGCAUUCAAUAUAUAACAUACUUUUUUAGCGUUCGUAAAGUAAAUACUUAUUCAUAAUAAAUACCUACUCAAGAGAGUAUGUGAUUUUGGACGCAGCCCAUACAAUCUGCCUUUGUAUCCUACCUAGUACAGUAAACCGCCUCUCUUUUACACCCUCUAGUGUUUGAUAGAGAGUAAUGCAGCCAAACCUACCACUCUGUUUCAAGUGAUCACACACACACACACACAUCUGUUUGAUCCCAAUAAUAAGCCUGCAAAGUCUUACCAUCCUCUUUCAGUGGAAAAUAAAAAUUGUGUAUGUGGGUUUUUACCUUUUGUAUGAACUUUAUAUAUUUUAAAUAUUUUAGGUUUAUACAUUUUAUUUUAACCUGAUAACUAUUUGCAUAUUUCAGCAUUUCUGAGAAACAUGUUGGUUUCUGUCUGUCGGUUAGACGUUAGAAUGUUCUUUAUAAAAUGUGUAUAAUGCCUAAGUAGUUGAAGAUUUUUUGAUGUAUGCGGCUGUAGAAAUGCUUUGUUUGAACUCAAUGCAUUUCAAAUAAUUGGUGCUUGUUUAAAGGAACACGCCACUAUUUUUGAAGAUAGGCUCAUUUUCCAACUCCCCUAGAGUUAAACAGUUGAGUUUUACCGUUUUCGAAUCCAUUUAGCCGAU